GAUCCAAAAACGGCUUAUCUACUUGUCCACCUUUGUUUCAUUCUCUUCAAUAGCAAUGGAAGUCUCCCUCCCAUCCAUUUCCAAUCCACAAACUGAUGAACAACCACUAAAUUUAUCGAAACACGUAAAAGAAAUCGGAAACCAUGGACUUACGAAGAGGAUUUUACGUCGUGGAUCAUCAUGGCAAACCCCAUUUCUUGGUGAUGAAGUUGAAGUUAAUUAUAGUGGGCACAUUGAAGGUGGCUCAUCAUUGGAAUCAAGUCUUGAAAAAGAAGCUCCUUUUAAGUUUAAAUUGGGACAAGGUGAAGUUAUUAGAGGGUUGGAUGAAGGGGUGGCCACAAUGAAGAAAGGGGAAAGGGCCAUUUUCAAAAUACCACCUCAAUUAGCCUACGGAGAGGUGGGUCAUCCACCCCUUAUUCCGCCUCAUUCGACCCUUAUUUUCGACGUCGAGAUGGUAUCUUGGAGCACCAUUAGAGACAUAACCGGAGAUGGAGGGGUACUCAAAAAGAUCUUAACUGAAGGAGAAGGUUGGGCCACUCCUAAAGAUGGCGACGAGGUUUCAGUCAAGUAUGAAGUAAAGCUUGAAAAUGGCGCCAUGGUUUCAAACUCAGAGUGUGUAGAAUUCCAUGUCGGAGAUGGGAAUUUGUGUCCUGCCAUUCAUAAAGCAGUGAAGACCAUGAGGAAAAACGAAAAGGCAGAGCUCUCUGUUAGAUUCUUUUAUGGAUUUGGAAAUCAAGUUGAAAGUAGAGAACAUAUAACAAGAAGUGGAAGUUGGGACUCCAUAACCAUCCUUCUUGAACUCUUAUCUUUGAGAAGUGUUAUAGAUAUCGUUGGUGACAAGAAGAUCUUGAAGAAGGUUAUUUCUGCUGGGGAAGGUUUGACUUAUCCUAAUGAGGGUUCUUUGGUAAAAGUUAUAUACGUGGGCAAGCGAGAAGAUGGUACAAUUUUUGAACAAAAUGGGUGCAAAGAAGAGCCAUUUGAGUAUACGUGCCUACAAGAUCAAAUUAACGAGAGCUUAGACAAAGCAAUAAUGAGCAUGAAAAAGGGAGAAAAGGCCCAAGUGUUUGUUCUUUCGGAUGAUACCCAAGAAAAUAGUCAUCAAGUAUCACAAAGCAAUAAUAGUAAUUCAAGACUUCUUUAUGAAGUUAAACUACUCGAUUUUACUAAGGAAACGCCCUUUUGGAAAAUGGAAACAAAAGAGAAGAUCGAAGCAUGUGAAAAGAAGAAGCAAGAAGGAAACACUCUAUUUAAAGCAGGGAAAUUUUGGCUUGCGUCUAAAAAAUAUGAAAAGGCAGUAAAAUACAUUGAAUUUAACCACGCUUUCUCCGACGAGGAAAAUCAAGUAGCAAAGGCACUCUUAGUGUCUUGUAAUCUCAACAAUGCAGCAUGUAAGCUUAAAUUGGAGGACUAUGUUGAAGUUGCAUCAUUGUGCUCUAAGGUUUUAGAGCUUGAUCCAUGCAAUGUUAAAGCCCUCUAUAGAAGAUCUCAAGCUUAUUUGCAGACUUGUAAUUUAGACAAAGCUGAGAAUGAUAGCAGAAAAGCUCUCACAAUUGAUCCUUCUAAUAGGGACAUCAAACUUGUGCUUCAUAUGAUUAAGACUAAACAAAAGGAAGAUGCAUUAUACCAAGCUCAAUUGUUUGGUUCAAUGAUUUCAAAAAUGGUUUAGGGGCUCUUUCGCUAAUUAAAUUAAUAUUUAGUAUAUUUUGUCAAUUCUUAUAACACUGAAUGUUAUACUUAUACUGAUAAUCAAACAAGUCGUUAGUGGAUCAGAUCAACCUCAGUAUAUCAUUAACAUCUCGAUUUUCGUCUAUUGAGCUUAGUUUUAAAUC